AUGAAAAAAUUCGUAACUCAACAACAACAAUUAUUUGUAACAAAAACUGAAAAUGAAUUUGUUAAUCAAGAAUUUGAAAAUCUUGAUUCCGAUAUUCUUAUUUAUAAACUAAUUGGACCAGUUUUAAUUAAACAAGAAUUAAAUGAAGGAAAAGAAACAGUUGCAAAACGACUUGUUUAUUGUGAAGGAGAAUUAAAACGUUUAACAUCAUUAAUGAAUGAUACAGAAAAAAAAUUAGAGAUUCAUCGUGAAAUUAUUGCUAAAAUUCAACAACAAAUAUCCGUAAAUAAAUAA